AUGGCGGGGAAUGGGAAUAUUCCACGGCUUUGGUGGAGCCCACUCGAUACUGGAAUUCGCGGCCUUCUAAGUAGGGAUCUCCAACUCGUAUGCUCUUCCAACCUCGUCAAGUUUCUCAUCGGGCCGUCUAAAAGCGAAUACCAUAUCAGCAAAUCUCUAAUCGCCAGCCUAUCCAACCCCCUUCAUGCCGACCUUUCUGAACAUGAAAUUUCCCGCCGUAAAGGUGUGGCCGCCAAGCCAGUCGACUGGAGCACCUUCAUCGACGAAGACAUUUUCAACCUGUUUGUCCAAUACGCAUACAUGGGGGAUUACAAACUGCCCAUCAUGUCUUUCCCCGAACAAGACAUUCUGCAAAAACACCAAACUUACACCGAUGCCAGAAAGAAAAACCAAGAUGCAUAUUGGAUCUACGAAAGUAGCCCCUUUGUACAGCCACCAACACCUGGAUCCGUGUACCGACAAAUUGCGCAGAUUUGGGCAUUUGCCAUGUUCUAUAAAAUGACAUGGCUCCAAGCGAUAACCUACAAACACAUACGGACUACUUUUCAAGUCCUGAUGCGGCGUCCUACUACUACUACUGCACCUGAGGGCUGUUUUGGCUUAGAAGAAAAGAAGUGGCGGGAGGUGAUGGAUGUGAUUGGGUAUAUCUACCAUCAGGGACGCCGGUUCUGGGAUGAGGAGAAGACACAAGAUGCAUCUGACGGGAUGAGGUCGAACAUUGCAUCUUUUGCGAGGACAUAUCUUUGCGACUGUAUGAUAUCUUCGGUAAAUGGGAGCCGAAACUUGAAGAUGUGGACAAGCUUAAUGGAGAAGGAGCCGAGAAUCGCGGUGGAUAUGGUUACUCAUAACGCAAAGCAGAUACCAUGGACGUAA